AUGGAGGAGUUGUGCAGAAAGGAUGGGCUCGAUGUUAACCUGCAAGAUUCCCAGGGUCGAACACCACUCUCGUGGGCUGCCCAGCAUGGGAAUGUCGACUGUGUCCAAGUCCUUUUAGACAAAGGCGUAGCCCCCGAUACUCCUGACAAGAAGCGCAGGACCCCGCUCUCCUGGGCUGCCGAACAUGGGAAUGUCGACUGUGUCCAAGUCCUUUUAGACAAAGGCGUAGCCCCCGAUACUCCUGACGAGAAAUGCAGGACCCCGCUCUCCUGGGCUGCCGAAAAGGGACAGGUUGGUGUAAUUGGGGUGCUGCUUUGCUUAGGAGAGAGAAGACCGAAGAGAGACGGUGGCUUAGAUACAGAUGACGAAAGAACCGCCAGAGAAGCCACCAGAAAGUCCCAGAAGAGGAAGAUAGAGGUGGGUGUAGAUGUGAAUUCUUCGGACACGGACAAAAAUUGGACACCUCUUUGGUAUGCCGCAAUAUACCAACGCUUGGAAGCCUUUGACGCUCUGCUGGCAGCUGGCGCAAACCCGUCCCUCACAGAUUCCAAGGGGAGGACACUCCAAAAGGUUCUGCAAACUCGGGAUCGUCCUCAUUCUCCGGUAGCUGACGCGGAGCCCAUCCCACAUCUCACGGAUAUCGACGGAGGGACACGCAAGGACGUUGUCAGGGAUCCCGAAGCCGACGAUAAGCUUCCAUCUCAGGGGUUGACCAAAUACCACCAGAUCCUCGAACGGCUUAAAUUUCCCGGAUCGUGGCACAAACAAAACCAGGAUCUAAAUGUGGCACAGGGUGAUGCUGCGCCCGAAGAUGACGGCAAAGGCACAAGGGAGACCGCAGCUACGCAAUUCAGGCAGCAAGACGAGCAACAAGUCAACGAGCUCCCCAAUGACCGUGACUCGCACGGCAGGCGUAGCGGCAUGGUUCUCUUCAUGCCGUAUCUUCACUGGGAGCUUGAGGAAGAAUACAACAAGCUCCAAGAUAUUAUGAAGGAAACAAAGACAAUACUGUAUAUGUCUAAGAACUCCAAGCACUCCAAGGACUCCAGAAACUCCAAGGACUCCAGAGACUCCAAGGCCAAAGAAGCGCAUACAGCGCGUAUGAAAACGGCCCUCGGAGAUGCGAGACUAUGUAGUACACAGAAACUAUACUGGAGAUAUCUCGAGGAAGACCAUCCCCUUCACCCGCGGCGCACCCUCGAUCAAUUUUAUUACCACACACUGUCGGAUACCAAGGAACGUGACCAAGACCAGACGUGUGUUAGAUAUUUCAACAAGAAGAAAGGUGACUUGGAAGGUCAGACUUUCGAGUUGAGGCGGGUGCUUACCAUGGUCGACCAGCUCUGGAUGUGGAUCCUACCGGCAUGUGGAACAGCGCCGCCCACCGUGAUAACCGCCUUUCCGCAGAGGUCGGAUCGCAUGGCCUGUAAAGACCCAAAGAGGAUGCCGGCGCUGGUUUCGAAUAUUGUCGAUAUAUUGCGGGAUAUAUUGCGGGGUCCGCUCCCAUGCCCGUCUGUGGAAGAGCUGACCGAGAUUAUUGCUACCGAGUGUUCGAGGAUUUACUUUGACACCAUGAGCAACCGGCAUGAGCUGACCCAGUUUUUACAAAUCUACACUACUUCUAUUGGCGACAUCGUAGGUUGA